GCCCUUGGAGUUUAUGACUCAAGAAGCAGACAUAGGGGAAGAAUUUCACAAGACCACCAAGCAACUGAGGAGGACACACACAAACUCACACUACAGACAAGUACAUAAAGUUACACAAAUCUUCUAACAUAACUGCGCUGAGAAAGUCAGACAGACACAUUCCCAGACAGACAGAAUCUCCUGUAGCUAAACACGGCCAGACACAGGGCAGACACAUUCACAGAUAAGCAGGCAGGUGAAGCAACAUCAGAAAAAGAGGGGGCAAGACAUAUAGGUGGCCACAGACUGACAUCCAGACAGAAUAAAAGAGGGGAGAAAAAAAGACCAGAGGAGGGGACAAAGAAGGGGAAAGAAAGAGUAGGGGAAAGGAGGGGGCAGAGUGAGAUUUGUACACACAAUUCUGAGACAGACACAGACAGCACUUAGACACAGGGACAGUCAUAGGGGCACAGACAGGGGGAGAGUUAAACACUAGACUGAGGGCAGAUUGGGAGAGAUUGUGAGGCACACAGAGGGAGAGACUGGGAGCAGAGAGAGAGAGAAGUGAGAGACAAACAGGGGAGGGACACAUACAUUUUUUGUACACACAGCCCUCAUAGAGAGGCAAAGAUAUACAGACUUGAGACAUACAGACACCUUUCAGACACACAGGCACUCCCCAUAAAGGCAGACUUGAGCCAUCAGGGAGGACAGCACUUAGAAAGAGGCAGAAGCCACACAGGCAGUGCCCCUCUCAGGCACUCAGACAGCACCCAGACAGGCAUUACACGCACAGAGCCUUUGGCAAGGUCCUGGGACACAGCGGAGAAGGGAAGUUCCUGUGCCAUGCUGCAAUUCCUGCUGCUCCCUCUUCUGCUCUGCACUGUUACCCGGGGCCACCCAAUUCCAGGAGGUGACACACUGCAGUCUGGUGGUACAUGCUGGCUGCUCCAGGGUACAGAUUCCACAUGUAGUAGGAUGCUGCUUAGCUCAGUGACAUGGGACGAAUGCUGCAGGGAUGGGCACCUAGAUACAGCGUGGUCCAACUACACUGAACCAAUGAAUAAGAUCAGUCUUCUGGGCUUCCUAGGUCUGGUCAGUUGCCAGCCCUGUCGAGAUAGUUGUGAAGGGGUGCAGUGUCCUCCAGGGAAGACAUGUUUCCUAAAAGACGGGCGCCCACAGUGUGAAUGUACACCAGAUUGCUUUGGUCUGGAUGUUGAUGUACCAGUUUGUGGCUCUGAUGGCCACACAUAUAAGGAUGAGUGUGAACUGAUCACCGAGAAAUGCCAGGGGCAUCCAGAUCUAGAGGUCAUGUACUAUGGAAAGUGCAAAAAGUCUUGCGCUAAUGUGGUUUGCCCAGGGACUCAUUCCUGUGUGGUGGAUCAAACAGGGAGUGCCCACUGUGUUGUUUGCCGCUCAACACCUUGUCCACAGCCAUUUGCUUCUGAAACCAUGCUGUGUGGGAACAAUAAUGUUACGUACCCUUCUGCAUGCCAUCUUCGCAGAGCCACCUGCUAUCUGGGAAGGUCUAUUGGGGUUCGUCACACAGGCGGUUGUGCAGUGGUCUUGUGGUUUGUCCCACAUACAUAAGUCCACAAGGACAUUUUAAAGCAUAGACCACAUACGAGGACAAGCAGAUAUUCCCGUGUUUUCCAUGGACCUGGAUGACAGCGUGAAGAAUUAUGUCUGAGAUCACCAUGAAACGCCUGGCACAUAGGCAUUCCAUGUGUAUAUUGUACAUACAGUGAGGCAUAUUUAUUAACUGGAUGUGCUAUUUAUAUAUAUAUCAGACCGGCUCCUUAUCCCAUGAGCACAUGGGCUCAUUGCAGAAAAAGUGAGAAAAAAGAGAGAACCCAGCCCCAGAUUUCUCAAAAUAGAAAUACACUUGGUGCAAGGCAUGGUGAAACCAGUGCUAUUUUUUUCUAAUGAAUUUGCCUCCUAAAGACUUUGCCCUCUUUUGUUGUGGUCUUUGAAAUAAAAAGGUACAAAAGGUGAGACAAAAAGAAAUGAAAGCUCACCAUUCCUUUCCUAUUUAAUAUGUGUUUAUUAAGCAUAGCUUUGUAAUAGAUUUAAAAUUAUGCUAAUAUUUUAACCCUAUAUAGGACUGUUGCUUUCAUGAUAAUCUGUGCAGACAGUUGUUUCAGGGAUAGUCAGUGCCCUAUAGAACAUAUAAUUUAACUUUUGGUAAGGAAAUGUAGAUAUAGAAAUUAGCACUGCAUCUAGAUCACCACUUUAUCAGCACAGUGUACAUGAGUACCAGGCAUAUAAGUAACUUUGAGGCUUCCCACUUCCUGAAUGUCAUUAUGAAACAGAGACAACCAAAAUAUGGGAAAGGAAGUCUGAUACAUUGAGUGGAAGAAAAGCUAUUCCUACUUCAUACACCUUGCAUGGUGAUAAUAAAGCAAUUGAUCCCUUUCUUGGUCAUUCCCAAGUUUGCUGCUCAGUCAAUUAUUUUUGUGCAUAAGCUGAUAAAUCAUUAUGGGAAAUGUUAUUAAACACAAACCAUGCAAUAUACCCGACUGCUCCAGGGAGCUUCUAAUCACUGGUUAACUUUGUUUGAAUGUUUAUAUAUACGUUGCCUCGUUUAAGUAUGGUCCUGAUACCCCAUUGGGUUUUUUUUUUUUGCUAAUUUUUAUCUUUGUGUUUCUAUUUUCUAUUCAUGGAAAUAAAAUAACUAAAAUUAUGUUUGA